GGGAACUCGGCGGUGCCCUCCCGAGCGGCGGCCGCGUCCCCGCGGCGCCGGGCUGCCGAGCGGAGAGCCGCGGCGGCCGUGGCUGGUGCAUGUGUGGCCGCUGGAUGCGGAGGCGGCGGCGGCGGCGGCGGCGCGGAGCAGCGGCGGCGGCAGGAUGUUAGGGCAGCAGCAGCAGCAGCUGUACUCGUCGGCCGCGCUCCUGAGCGGGGAGCGGAGCCGGCUCCUCACCUGCUACGUGCAGGACUACCUCGAGUGCGUGGAGUCGCUGCCCCACGACAUGCAGAGGAACGUGUCUGUGCUGCGAGAGCUGGACAACAAAUAUCAAGAAACAUUAAAGGAAAUUGAUGAUGUCUAUGAAAAAUAUAAGAAAGAAGAUGAUUCAAACCAGAAAAAACGCCUACAGCAGCAUCUCCAGAGAGCAUUAAUCAAUAGUCAAGAAUUGGGAGAUGAAAAAAUUCAGAUAGUCACACAAAUGCUCGAGUUGGUGGAAAAUCGAGCAAGACAAAUGGAGUUACAUUCACAGUGUUUCCAAGAUCCUGCUGAAAAUGAACGAGCUGCUGAUAAAGCAAAGAUGGAUUCUAGUCAACCAGAAAGAUCUUCGAGAAGACCCCGCAGACAGCGAAACAGUGAAAGCCGUGAUUUAUGUCACAUGACAAAUGGGAUUGAAGACUGUGAUGAUCAGCCACCUAAAGAAAAGAAAUCUAAGUCAGCCAAGAAAAAGAAACGAUCUAAGGCCAAACAGGAAAGGGAAGCUUCACCUGUUGAGUUUGCAAUAGAUCCCAAUGAACCUACAUACUGUUUGUGUAACCAAGUGUCUUAUGGGGAAAUGAUAGGUUGUGACAAUGAACAGUGUCCGAUUGAAUGGUUUCACUUUUCUUGUGUUUCACUUACCUAUAAACCAAAGGGGAAAUGGUAUUGCCCAAAGUGCAGGGGAGAUAAUGAGAAAACAAUGGACAAAAGUACUGAAAAGACGAAAAAGGAGAGAAGAUCGAGGUAGUAAAGGCCAUCCACAUUUUAAAGAGUUAUUUGUCUUUUAUAUAAUUCGUUUACUUUCAGAAAAUGUUUUAGGGUAAAUGCAUAAGACUAUGCAAUAAUUUUUAAUCAUUAGUAUUAAUGGUGUAUUAAAAGUUGUUGUACUUUG